CGAGGCCACCUGCCACUCCCCACCUUCCAGGGCCCUCCGGACUCCAUCUUCUCUCCGUCCCAGCUUUCCCACCUGGCUCCUGUCUGGGGGCAGGCCUGCAGAGAGCUGAUUCCUGUCCUUCCACGGGGACAGUGGCUUGGGGUGGCCUGAGCGCACUCUUGUUACUCUGCCAAAAUGCAGCCUAAAGCAUUCUGAUUGUUAAAUGAUUCAGAAAACGUUCAUCUGUCUUUGCUGCCCCUGUGAAACUCAGAUCAAGUCGGAAUUUCAUCAGCUAUUAAACAUUCAGCCUUUCCUCCCUCUCUUUAUGGAACUGUGCCCAGAAGGACCAAGUGCGGUUUGAACGCUGAGUAAAAACAGUAAGAAAUGGAUCAAGUGACCUUGGACAAAUCACCUCACCUGCCACUGAUUUUGUUUCCUAUGGAAGACCCUACACCUUAGAAGUACCUGUUCUUUGCAGCUGAUCCCACCACAAUGUACACAGAACAGAAACCGAGAGAAGCCGGCAGAGUCAGGAGUCCCGAACGAUUCCCACGGGACAAGCGCACCACCUAACAAGCGACAGGACCUGUUCGUCCUUCUUCGGGCUACAAGAAGGCGGAGGAUGAGAUGUCCCGGGCCACGUCUGUUGGAGAUCAGCUGGAUGCACCAGCCCGCACCAUUUACCUCAACCAGCCGCAUCUCAACAAAUUCCGUGACAACCAGAUCAGUACGGCCAAGUACAGCGUGUUGACGUUUCUACCUCGAUUCUUGUAUGAGCAGAUUAGAAGAGCUGCUAACGCCUUCUUCCUCUUCAUUGCCUUAUUACAGCAAAUUCCAGAUGUAUCUCCAACAGGAAGAUACACCACCCUGGUGCCAUUGAUCAUUAUUUUAACAAUCGCAGGCAUCAAAGAGAUUGUAGAAGAUUUUAAGCGGCAUAAGGCAGACAAUGCAGUUAACAAAAAGAAAACGAUAGUGUUAAGGAAUGGUAUGUGGCAUACCGUUAUGUGGAAAGAGGUGGCGGUGGGAGACAUUGUGAAGGUCGUCAAUGGGCAGUAUCUUCCAGCAGACAUGGUCCUGCUAUCCUCCAGUGAACCUCAGGCGAUGUGUUACGUUGAAACAGCUAAUCUGGAUGGGGAGACGAACCUUAAAAUUCGUCAGGGUUUGAGUCACACUGCUGACAUGCAAACAAGGGAAGUAUUGAUGAAGUUAUCUGGAACCAUAGAAUGUGAGGGACCCAAUCGCCACCUCUAUGACUUCACUGGAAACUUGCACGUAGAUGGGAAAAGCCCUGUUCCCCUUGGGCCCGACCAGAUCUUAUUAAGAGGUACACAGCUUAGAAACACUCAGUGGGUCUUUGGCAUAGUUGUUUAUACUGGACACGACACCAAACUCAUGCAGAAUUCCACAAAAGCACCUCUCAAAAGAUCCAAUGUUGAGAAAGUGACCAAUGUGCAGAUCCUGGUGUUGUUUGGCAUCCUCUUGGUCAUGGCCUUGGUGAGCUCGGUGGGGGCCCUGUACUGGAAUGGGUCUCAAGGUGGAAAGAACUGGUACAUCAAGAAGAUGGACACGACCUCGGAUAAUUUCGGCUAUAACCUGUUGACGUUCAUCAUCUUGUACAACAAUCUGAUUCCCAUCAGUCUGUUGGUGACUCUUGAGGUUGUGAAAUACACUCAAGCCCUUUUUAUAAACUGGGACACAGAUAUGUAUUAUCUAGGAAAUGACACCCCUGCGAUGGCCAGGACCUCAAACCUUAAUGAAGAGCUGGGGCAGGUGAAAUACCUAUUUUCUGAUAAAACUGGAACUCUUACAUGCAAUAUCAUGAACUUCAAGAAGUGCAGCAUUGCUGGGGUAACCUAUGGUCAUUUUCCAGAAUUGACAAGAGAACCAUCCUCAGAUGAUUUUUGCCGGAUACCUCCUCCCCCUAGUGACUCAUGUGACUUUGAUGAUCCUAGGCUCUUGAAGAACAUUGAAGAUCAUCAUCCCACAGCUCCGUGCAUACAGGAGUUCCUCACCCUUCUGGCCGUGUGCCACACCGUCGUCCCUGAGAAGGAUGGAGAUAACAUCAUCUACCAGGCUUCCUCCCCAGAUGAAGCCGCUUUGGUGAAGGGAGCUAGGAAGCUGGGUUUUGUCUUCACCGCCAGAACGCCGUACUCGGUCAUCAUAGAAGCCAUGGGACAGGAACAGACAUUUGGAAUCCUUAACGUCCUGGAAUUUUCUAGUGACAGAAAAAGAAUGUCUGUAAUUGUUCGAACUCCUUCAGGCCAACUUCGACUCUACUGUAAGGGGGCUGAUAAUGUAAUUUUUGAGAGGCUUUCAAAAGACUCAAAAUACAUGGAAGAAACCCUGUGCCAUCUGGAAUAUUUUGCCACGGAAGGCUUGAGGACUCUCUGUGUGGCUUACGCUGACCUCUCUGAGCAGGAGUAUGAGGAGUGGCUUAAAGUCUAUCGAGAAGCCAGCACCAUCUUGAAAGACAGAGCUCAGCGGUUGGAAGAGUGCUAUGAGAUCAUAGAGAAGAAUUUACUGUUACUUGGAGCCACAGCCAUCGAAGAUCGCCUUCAGGCAGGUGUUCCAGAAACCAUAGCGACUCUAUUGAAGGCAGAAAUUAAAAUAUGGGUGUUGACAGGAGACAAACAAGAAACUGCAAUUAAUAUAGGAUAUUCCUGCCGGUUGGUGUCACAGAAUAUGGCCCUUAUCCUAUUGAAGGAGGAUUCCCUGGAUGCAACAAGGGCAGCCAUUACGCAGCAUUGCACCGACCUUGGGAAUCUGUUGGGCAAGGAGAACGAUGUGGCCCUCAUCAUCGAUGGCCACACCCUGAAGUACGCACUGUCCUUUGAAGUCAGGAGAAGCUUCCUGGAUUUGGCGCUUUCGUGUAAGGCGGUCAUAUGCUGCAGAGUGUCUCCUCUGCAGAAGUCUGAGAUAGUGGAUGUGGUUAAGAAGCGGGUAAAGGCCAUUACCCUUGCCAUCGGGGACGGUGCCAACGACGUUGGGAUGAUCCAGACCGCUCACGUGGGUGUAGGGAUCAGCGGGAACGAAGGCAUGCAGGCGACCAACAACUCGGAUUAUGCCAUCGCGCAGUUUUCCUACUUGGAGAAGCUCCUGUUGGUUCACGGCGCCUGGAGCUACAACCGCGUGACCAAGUGCAUACUGUACUGCUUCUACAAGAACGUGGUCCUCUACAUUAUCGAGCUUUGGUUCGCCUUUGUUAAUGGAUUUUCUGGGCAGAUUUUAUUUGAACGCUGGUGCAUCGGCUUGUACAAUGUGAUUUUCACAGCGUUGCCACCCUUCACCCUGGGAAUCUUCGAGAGGUCUUGCACCCAGGAGAGCAUGCUCAGGUUCCCACAGCUCUACAAGAUCACCCAGAACGCAGAAGGCUUCAACACAAAGGUUUUCUGGGGUCACUGCAUCAACGCCUUGGUCCACUCCCUCAUCCUCUUCUGGUUUCCCAUGAAGGCGCUGGAGCAUGAUACUCCGUUGGCCAGUGGCCAGGCCACAGACUAUUUAUUUGUUGGAAAUAUCGUUUACACGUAUGUUGUUGUCACUGUGUGUCUGAAAGCUGGUUUGGAGACCACAGCUUGGACUAAAUUCAGUCAUCUGGCUGUCUGGGGAAGCAUGCUGAUCUGGCUGGUGUUUUUUGGCGUCUACUCAACCAUCUGGCCCACCAUUCCCAUUGCUCCAGAUAUGAAAGGACAGGCAACCAUGGUCCUGAGCUCUGCACACUUCUGGUUGGGAUUAUUUCUGGUUCCCACGGCGUGUUUGAUCGAAGAUGUGGCGUGGAGAGCGGCCAAGCAUACCUGCAAGAAAACGUUGCUGGAGGAGGUGCAGGAGCUGGAAACGAAGGCCAGAGUGAUGGGCAAAGCGAUGCUUCGGGACAGUAAUGGGAAGAGGAUGAAUGAACGUGACCGCCUACUGAGGAGGCUCAGCAGGAAGACGCCCCCCACACUCUUCCGAGGAGGCUCCCUCCAGCAGUGUGUCCCCCAUGGGUACGCCUUCUCUCAAGAGGAGCAUGGAGCUGUCACUCAGGAAGAAAUCGUCCGUGCUUACGACACCACCAAGAAGAAAUGCAGGAAGAAAUAAGACGUGAGUUGUCCUGAUGGGUCCCAGGAAAGAGACGUGGUUUGUCGCGCCCGGUGUGAACCCAUCUCUGCCCGAAGAGACUGGUGUCAGCAGCCAGAACACCAUAAAACACAUUUCCGUGGCCUUAGCCAACCGGUUUGUUAGUCACACAGUCCCUCGCCAACCUGCAGUAGAUCCCGCGGGGGAGGCCGUCUCUUCCCCUUCCCGUGUGUCCGCAAGCGCUUGGCCUACCUUCCGUUCCCGUUGUUGCGAAGCAUCCAGCUGUGCUCUGUGAGCCGUGAAAUUGAAAGCGUUACGUUUCAUUUAACCAUCAGUGCUAGCGGUCCUGGGAGAAAGGCGAGAGAGUGCCAUGCCCGUCUCGUGGAAUGGGAGCGGGGGCGCGCUCGCUUCCCGUCGCGUUAACUCACGGAAUUCGGUCCACCAGGCAGCGCGUAAGCUGCAUUCGGGGCAGGCCGGCGUCUGGCUUUGAUUCCUCUUGGGUUUGUAUGACGUCGGCGUAAACUUCUCCACUGCGGUGAAAUCGCAAAAAAACGUCCAUCAGGGUGGUAAGCCCGAGGACGCUUAUCGUAAUGCGCUCCACGGGCCCGGCAGGGCGGCCGGGUCGGCGUUCCAGGAUUCUCCUGCACCCUUCGCAGGUGCCCCCUGUGGCCCGGCGGGCUUCCCUGUCGCCGACCUUCUGCAUGGCUGGCCGCGGUGCCCGGUGCAUGGCCGCUGGUGGGCAACCAACCGAAAUCUGCACUGUUUCUUGCUCUAGCACAGAUUCGGGUUACCGAUGCGAGAAAUCCCCUCUUCCACACCGCUCUUUCCCUCCCGGAACUCAAGAAAAGAAAACAUACCCCGCAUGUAUCCUGAGCGUCUGUCUGCCUCCUUCCGAGGACAGGGAAGCCUGCGGGGUCGGGGGUGGCAGAACGCCUCCGCCAGCCUGCUCUGGUGAGGCUCUCGGCGCUCGCUCCCCAACCUCCAGGCCACUGGACCUUUGGCACCCAUUUAAGCCAGACCCACGCUGUUCUCUUGGGAGGUGGGAGCACAUUUUGCGUUUUCGCUGCUGGGAAACCACUGAAUUUCUAGCGUGUCUCCCCGGAGAAGAGAAGCCCCUGUCACUCUGCCACUCUGAAAUCGGAGAGAAUGAGGGAAUCCAGUGGGAGAGUAAGGGGCCCUGAGGCUGGUGGAGGAAGAAAGCCAUCAAAGGAGAAAGCAAGAGGCAAGGACACAGAGACACGGGGACGAGGACGCGGGGGGACAUUUUAGCCCAGUCUCAGCGGAAACCGGAAUCAAGCCCGGAGGCCCAGGCGGUCGGUCGUGAUGAUCUGCCUCAUGCAUACAGGAGGCUAAACAAGACCUUGACAGGCAGUUUUCGUUGAAAAGAAUUCUACAGGUUUCAAGGAAAACGCCCUUUUCUAUAGGGAUGAGGUUUCCUUCCUUAUCGAGUCGGUGUGAUAAACGGGCACCUCCCGGAAAGUAAAGUGUCCUGAAUCUAAGGCAAGGAAGAGAAGCGCUGAGUCACUGACCUUGCAAACUGCACAAUGCCACCUUCUAAAUUUGGACGGAACUUGUGAGCCCUCAGGCAUGAAUGUCAGCACCUGGAGCCCUUAAUAAAUGGCCAGCCUGGAGGCACGUUCCUCUCCUCUCCGCUUUGGUUGCCAAACCAGAUUUUUGGAUGGCUUCACAUAAAUACUUCUGGGCAGCUGUUACUGCUUAAAAUGGCACAGUGCUUCUGGGGAUGGCUGUGCUAAAUGGGGAAAUAAAACAAUAGUGCACUUUG